AUGGUGAGCACCACUUUGACCUCAAGUUCGAGGAAACGAACAGCCGACGACCGAAAGCAGCUCAGGCGGCGCUGCAGGCAGGUGCUCGCGGAUCACAUCAAGCACAGGACGGGGUGGGCCAUCGAGCCAGCCAAGGUCCGCUUGGCCCACAAGAACAACGAGUGGUAUUCGUGGACCUUUCGCCCGGAGGCGGCGCAUCUAUUUUCCAAGAAUCUUAGUGAUCACAACGCUUCAGCCUUCCAUGAGCUCUGUGCCGGCGUUGGCGUGACUUUCGAGGCCGCCCUAUCGCCGUUUGUAGCCCAUGCGGGCGCUGCUACCCCCUGCGAAGACUCUAGCACACCGCCCCGUGAAAUCACGCCGCAGCAACGUCGCAAACGAUGCUCUGCGGAAAUAGCGGAAGGAGAUAAAGCGACCAGGUCGGGCGACAAGUCCGUGGCGUUGCUGCAGAGCAUUAGGCAACUGCAGGAGAGCCAAGACGCAGCAGAAGCCGGGAAGAGGCUUGCAGAGCGAGAGCUCGAGGCAGCCCGAGAGGAGUGUGAGCGGCUUAGCGAGGAAGGCAGGGGAACAACGGAACGGGCCAUAUCCGGCGAGAUUCUUCUAUGCAAGUGCCUCCAUAUGCUGAGCUCAAUCCAGACUUCAGUUGCCGGACUAAAAGACGAGAUCAACGAGGCGAUUGGGAGCAACGCCUUUGGCAUGGGCUGA